AAUUAUCCAUCUAUUCUUCCAGAUUAGAAUGACGUACUCCAUAUUUUUCCUCCUUUGUCCCGUAGCUCUAGCAUUGACCAGCACAGAGAAGACGACCUCUGUAUGUACAGUACUGUGGACCAGAGAGAAUUGUAGAGAGGGACCGGAGCAAACCUGUACAACUAUUCACAAGCCAGUUACUUUUGUUGUACAUGAUCGCCUAUGCAGUACAGAAUAUAAAAAAUCUUGUCAAAUUGUUUAUGAAACUAAAGAAGAAAAAGUUCCGACUGAAGUAUGUGAGAAUAUUCCAGACAAGAAAUGCGAAAUUAAACCGAACCAGGAAUGUACAACAGUAAAUGUUAAAAAGGUUGACGUACAACCUGUUAAGACUUGUACAACUGUACCCGUACAACCUGUUAAGACUUGUACAACUGUACCGAUUCAGCACUGCAGUACGCUGCCAGCUACACAAUGUGAGAAUGAAUCUGAACUGGUUUGUACGACGAUAUUAAAGGAUGAAUGCAGACCAAAUUCUAGUAAAUUUGCAAACAUUUCUGACAAUUUUUCUCUCGAUGACGAAUCAAAAGAAGUCACUACGAAGGAUAAUCAUAAAGAAGUCACUACGAAGGAUAAUCAUAAAGAAGUCACUACGAAGGAUAAUCAUAAGGAAGUCACUAAGAAGGAUAAUAAUAAAGAAGUUAACACAACUGAUGACGCCUCAUUAGAAAGAUCCAAAUUUAGUUUGUACAGAAAUCAAGAAAAUAGUACAACCGACCAGCCAACUUGCACAAGUAACGAACCUACAUGUACACUUCAGCUUGAACCUCACUGUACAUCAAUCCUUAAACAGCUGUGUCGGUCAGUGCCCGGGGAGCAUUGUGUACAUCAUGCCCGGAAGCACUGUACAGAUAUUGAAACAGUGUACUGCCAGCAGUUGUACGGAAACCAGUUCUGUCAGGUUGUACCGAGUGUAAACUGUACAAAGACACCGGAGAAAACCUGUUAUGAACAAGUUUCUGAAGAAUGCUGGAAUGUUGUACAAGAAAACUGUAUCCAAGUUUACAGGGAGAUCUGUCUGGUACAACAUGGUGAAUGUCAAGACAAACAUACUAAUUUGACGAUGUCCCAGCCCGCCCUAGCACAGGUUCAGUUUGAAACUGCGGAAACUGCACAGUUCAAUGUUUCAACCCAUUCCUGCUCCAAAGAAGACGACAUUUGGAAACAGCGGUUUGUGAAAGUCAAGAAAUCUGUUAACCCGCAGAUACCAGAUAAAGUGUGUCAACAGGUUCCACAUAAGGUUUGUCAGCAAAUUCCAAGGGUAUGUGUUCCUGAAAACAUAACUGAGUGCAGUACAUCUACUGUACAGAACUGUACAGUACAGCAUGUACAGACUGUAAUCUCUGAACCCAAACUGGUUUGCACUGAUGUACCGAAGGAAGUGUGCUGGGAGGAACAAGUUCUUAAAUGCAACAAAGUUUUGACCAAUGUCAAGAAACAGGUUGGAAGAGAGGAGUGUAUUCAUGUACCAGAGGAGAUAUGUACACAAAUACCUCGUGAAGUAAUCAGAUACAGGGAAGUGAAGCAGUGUUCAACUAAAACAGUUGAAACCUGCAAACUGAAAUCAAGACUUAGUUGCGUUAAAUCAUCAACUUAAAACAACAAUUUUUUAUUCCUGACAUUUUUAAAUAUCGACGGCGUGAUAAAUAUCAUUAUGUAACAAUUUAAUCAAGAAUCAAUAAAUUAUUUCAAUUUUGA